CAUCUUGCACUUUGAGUUGAGCUGUAAUAAAGUGUCCAAUGAGAAAAUGAUUAAUGUAUAAUCUAUUGCGUUGUAAAGCUUGUUUGCUGGGUCAUUACCACACAUACGACGAGGAGGUCAGGCACGCAAGUUCAGAACAGGCAUGUCUGCAGCUCUCAGUUAUCUACGCUGGUCAGUCUCCAGCCGAGGCCUGGUGAAGGUCAAGCCUGGGGAUGGAUUUUGUCGCAGAUGGGGGAACGUACUCCCAAACCAGGCCUUCCUGCCUGCCGCAUCCAGCAAACGGUAUUACCAACAAGCAGCUAAAGCAGAAGGCUUAAUCUUCCGACAGCUCUUUGAGAAGAUUAGCUGCACCUACACCUACCUGCUGGCUGACUCUCAGAGCAGACACGCUGUUAUCAUUGACCCAGUGAUUGAGGAAGUAAAUCGUGAUGUGAAACUCAUUGAGGAUCUGGGAUUGAAACUGAUUUAUGCAGCCAAUACUCAUUGCCAUGCGGAUCAUGUGACUGGUACAGGGCUGCUGAAGAAGAUGCUGGUUGGAUGUCAAAGUGUCAUUGCGAAGGACAGUGGAGCACAGGCUGAUGUGCACAUCAAGGAAGGGGAUAUCAUUAACUUUGGCAAAUUUUUUCUGGAGACACUUUCCACCCCAGGACACACAGAUGGCUGCGUCACCUUUGUGCUCAACGACAAAUCCAUGGCAUUCACCGGAGAUGCUCUGCUCAUCCGAGGCUGUGGACGGACUGAUUUUCAACAAGGUGAUCCCGAGUCUCUGUACCACUCCGUCCACCAGAAGAUCUUCACUCUCCCUCCCGACUGUCUCCUGUAUCCUGCCCAUGACUACACAGGACAGACCGUGACAACAGUGGAAGAGGAGAGGAGACUGAAUCCACGCCUCACCAAACCCCAGAGAGAAUUUGUGAGCUUGAUGAACAAUCUCAAACUGCCCAAACCCGCCCAGAUCGAUAUUGCUGUUCCUGCCAAUCUCCGAUGUGGAAUCCAGGAGCCACUAAUAGCGACUGGUCCCUGAGCACUACCAUCAGCCUCUGGCCUUGGUGACCAUCAAACUGCAGCCUAUGCACUGUGCCAUACACUCCCAGUUAGGGCCGCAACGACAUGAGGGUCUGGCUCAGAUCAUCCCGAGUUUGUUUCAGUUCGGAUCAGGGAACACUGCUUCAGUGAAUUCCGGAUUUACACUCAGACCUGAGACCGGUCACUUUGCAACAUCCUCAAAUUUGUUGAUUGCAAAUUUACAAUAAAUUAACUUCAAAUCAAA